AUGUUAGCUAACCUCUCUAAAGCGACGACUCUCUAUUUCACGCCAAUCUUAAUGUUGACGGCUCUUCUCCUCAUCUUAUUUGCCUACCUCUCUCCGGCUAUUAUGUUGCACAGUCAAGUUGCACUUUUAUCUAUCACUCCAUCAAUUGCAUUGACGCAGCCUGGCUCAAGCCAGAGCAUUGAUGGACCAAGUAUGCUGCUGGGGCCGCUCGGUUCUUGCAUACGUGCGAGCAGUUCCGACGGGUUUACGUGUUCCACUCCUUCAUUAUCUCCUACCUAUAACACAUCUGUUUUCCCCAGCAACGCCCCAAGCGCGGUUGUCUCUGCGCCCCCUGCUACAUCCGCGGCCUUCAUCGCCAUAGCUCUUGUGCUGACCGUGGUCUUUCUCAUUACUUACACCGCUAUAUCUUUCCGGCACUUCAUGGGCAAUGCUGGUGCAGUAUGGGAUAAACCCCUUGUGCAGAGGGCAUCCGCGUGGCUUGGCAUCGUUUCGUUCCUCCUCGGUCUGACUUCAUUCCUCGUCGUAUUUAUGUGGUUUGGCAAGGCAGCUGAAGAUUUCAACUUGAGCAUCCAAGGUCAAGGAACGAACGGCCCGCAGCUUCUUGCUUCUACAAGCAAUGCUUUCACGAUGGUUUGGGUAGGAUACGCCUUCUUUGCUAUUCCUGUAAUUGUGUCGUUGGCAAAAAUGCACGUCCUUUCCACCAAGUAG